UGGCACGAGGCCUCUGCAACCCCAGAACCCCCGACCCCGGCCCCCACGCCGUCGCCGAUUCCCGGCCCUCUCGGUCCCGCGCUGCCCCCUUAAAAGCUGGGGCCAAGCACAGGAACGACAGGCGUUGCAGCCAAUGAUGUCGCUCACGGUGAACCUGACACCCAAUCAAAAGGCGCGGCUGCUAGGGAACGGGUGGGAAGCACGCCUGACUCCAGGUGACUCCGGGCAGGGAGGGGAACGUGCCUCCGUCAGCUGAUCGAGUCCCGUGCAACCGGCGAGUUAUCGGGGACGAAGCUGCGGGAGCGCGCGGACAGUGGCCAGCCGCGGAAUAGUUGUGUGCUGCAGCCACGAAGGAGGGUGAUGGAAGGGCGUCGAGAGGCUGGGAAGGAGAACAAGCCCUCCUCCAUAUCAGUGGACCCGCAGGGAGACAGCUCCUUACAGGUGGAGAUCUCUGAUGCAGUGAGUGAGCGGGACAAGGUGAAAUUCACUGUUCAAACCAAGAGCUGCCUCCCUCACUUCGCCCAAACGGAAUUCUCAGUUGUGCGGCAGCACGAGGAGUUCAUCUGGCUCCACGAUGCCUACGUGGAAAAUGAGGAGUACGCCGGCCUCAUUAUCCCCCCAGCCCCUCCAAGGCCAGACUUUGAGGCUUCGAGGGAAAAGCUGCAGAAGUUGGGCGAGGGGGACAGCUCCAUCACGCGGGAAGAGUUUGCCAAAAUGAAGCAGGAGCUGGAAGCGGAGUACCUGGCAAUCUUCAAGAAGACAGUUGCAAUGCAUGAGGUCUUUCUGCAACGCCUGGCGGCCCACCCGACCCUGCGUCGAGACCACAACUUCUUUGUCUUUUUGGAAUAUGGCCAGGAUCUCAGUGUCCGAGGAAAGAACAGGAAGGAGCUCCUUGGGGGAUUUCUGAGGAAUAUUGUGAAGUCUGCAGAUGAAGCCCUCAUCACCAGCAUGUCGGGGCUCAAGGAGGUGGAUGACUUCUUUGAGCAUGAGAGGACCUUCCUGCUGGAGUACCACACCCGGAUCCGGGAUGCCUGCCUGCGGGCAGACCGUGUCAUGCAGUCCCACAAGUGCCUGGCAGAUGAUUAUAUCCCUAUCUCUGCUGCACUGAGCAGUCUGGGAACACAGGAAGUCAACCAGCUAAAGACGAGCUUCCUCAAAUUGGCAGAACUCUUUGAACGACUAAGGAAGCUGGAAGGCCGAGUGGCCUCUGACGAGGACCUCAAGCUGUCAGACAUGCUGAGAUACUACAUGCGAGACUCACAGGCGGCCAAGGACCUGCUGUACCGGCGGCUGCGGGCGCUGGCCGACUACGAGAACGCCAACAAGGCACUGGACAAGGCACGUACUAGGAACCGGGAGGUGCGGACCGCCGAGAGCAACCAGCAACUGUGCUGCCGACGCUUCGAACGCCUCUCUGACUCAGCCAAGCAGGAGCUCAUGGAUUUCAAGUCCCGCCGUGUGUCCUCCUUCCGCAAGAACCUCAUCGAGUUGGCAGAGCUGGAGCUCAAACACGCGAAGGCCAGCACCCUCCUUCUCCGGAACACCCUUGUCGCGCUCAAGGGGGAGCCUUAGAGCAGCCAGAGCCUGCUCUGGGGCCUUUUAGUGGCAAGAGCCCCCCCCCCUCACCCCAACAAGAUGCCACCCCCACAGCAGCCACUAGCCAGGCCCCAUGACCUCCCAGGGCAAGGGCAAGCCCAAGCCCUACUCCCACCCAAAGGUGUCAGGUCCUACAAAAGGAAGAUAGGGCAGCAUGAGUACCAUCCUUGGUCACAGGUAAGCAGAACCCCAGCUCUGGUGAGGCCUGGGACCUGGACCUCCCUCCUCUCCUGGGGACCAAGGGGCAGCCCCCACACCUUGACCCCAUCCCACCCCCAGAGUUCAUUUGUCCCCAUCCUGUUCACAAAUAAAGAACUUGGUUCUUGCUA